GCACCCGCCGAACUCUCUCUCUCUCUCUCUCUCUGAUACCUCUCCUUCUCUGAAACAUCUUCGGAAAAUCCAUUCUCUUUCCUCUGCAGUUUCUAGGGUUAGGGUUUGUUUCUGUCUCUCUGUCUUUCUUCUUAUCGCUGCCGAUUCCGCAUUGGGAAUCCCGCCAGAGCCGAAGGUAGUAUGAGAAUCGAUCGGCUGCAGCUGGCCGGCUAUAAAAUCCUCGUCGAAUCCCUGGGGGAGAGGCUGAAGUUCGACGAAGAUCUCGUUCUUGCUUCAAAAGCAGAGGAGAUUCAAAAACAGAGAAGAAUCAGGGCUUAUGAGAGCAGCACCAGUGUUUCUUAAAGAGGUUUGUAGGAUACCAUGUCGGCUUUGCUAGCUCGGACGGGUAGACACCGGCAGCGUUAUGAGAAUGAUUUUCGACUUGUUGCAGGGUGUAUUCCUUACAGGCUGAAAGAAAAUGAAGACAAUCUCACUGGUGACUUAGAAAACAGGUUGGAAGUUCUUAUGAUUUCUUCCCCAAAUCGUCUAGACCUCGUGUUUCCAAAGGGUGGUUGGGAGGAUGAUGAGUCUGUGGGUGAAGCUGCCUGCCGUGAAGCGUUGGAGGAAGCCGGAGUGAGAGGAAGACUUGAUGAAAAUGCGCUGGGGGUUUGGCAAUUUAGAAGCAAGAGCAAACAAAACUGUCAUGGCAUGGAAGGAUAUUGCAAGGGUUACAUGUUUGCACUGGAGGUGACGGAAGAGCUUGAAUUCUGGCCGGAGAAGUCUAGCCACGAAAGAAGAUGGCUGAACGUCGGGGAAGCAUUUGAGCUCUGCCGUUAUGAGUGGAUGCGUAGAGCUCUGGAAGCAUUCUUGAGAUACCUGUCGGAUGAAUGCAAGCGUCGGACGAGGGAGGAUGCUGUGGCGGUUGCAGUGGAAGUGGCUGAGCAUUUAAAUUUAGCACCAAGCUGCUUUGUGAAUGCUUCGACACCUAGUGCAUCCACAAAUCCCAUAAAUGCAUUGUGUUAGGAUGAUCUCUGUCUUUCUAUCUCUCAUUUCUUCUGUCAGUUGUUUCCCUGUCAAUGCCAUGACCCAUAGCUUGUUCAAGCCGUCUUUUUCUAUUGUGUAUUUGUGUUUCAAAAAUGAAAGCUGGACUUGUCAUGGCAUCUUGGCACGUUGUAACUUUAUUAAGUGUAUCAGCGAAAGAACUGUGAGUAUCUUCCA